AUGCAUUCUUUAUCCUUUAUAGACCAUUUUUGGUCAAAAGAUAAAACGGGUAUGAAUCAUUUAUUUGACUAUAUUCAAUCCACACAUCAAGAUUUAAAAGCCAUAAGUGAUGUUUAUAUGGAAAGGGCUCGUAUUGAACAAGAGUUUGGAGAGAAACUAUUGUUACUUGCUGAAAAGAACCAUUGCCAAGACAAAAAAGAAAAAGAUGGCCUAUUGGGUGCUUAUUCAGCAGUCUAUACAGAACUACAGAAGACAGCAAAAUCACAUUUAGAACUGUCCGAUAAUCUCAAAAGUCAAGUUGCUUCUGAAUUAAAUCAAAAGCUAGAGGAAUAUACAUCACUUUUAAACAAAUGGAUUUCAAGUAUGCAUGAUUUUUAUGAGGAAAGAAGAGAAGUCAUGUUGGAUCUUUUGAAGACAAGAGCCAGCUAUCUAAAGGAAUAUGAAGUGUCCAAUGGGCAGACAACACCUAUGAUGAACACACUCAAGGAACAAUAUAAAAUAUUAGUAACCAAAGUAGACGCUGCUGCUCAAGAAUGGAAUUCAACCUGGAAAGAAGCAUGUGAGGUGAUGGAAGCCAUGGAAGAAGACAGGAUUGAGUUGCUGAAAAGUAAUGUAUGGGAAUACGCCAAUCUGACAUCAGCAACACUUCUUGUACAAGAUGAAUGGUGCGAGCAUAUUCGAACACAGUUAGAGAAAUGUAAUCUUGAACAAGAGAUUGAAAGGUGUGUUUCUUUAUGUGGCACUGGAUCCAAGAUACCAACUACAAAUGAUUAUGUAGGCGAAUUAAUGCGAGAGCAAAAGAGAAAGCAACACUCAAGUAAACCAAUACCUAAACCACCAGUUAAACCCAUACGCCAAUCUCAAGAGAACGCACCAGAACAACCAAGUAAUCCAGUACCAAAACCUCAGAAAGAAGAAAAAGAAGCAUCUAAAGAACCUAUGCCAUCAGAAGAAUUAUCUAACAUGAAUAACCAUGAUACUCUCAAUCGAGCGCGUCACUAUGUAAGCGAUAACAUGGGAAGUACAGCUACUCGAGGUCAAAUACGACGAAAACCAUUAAAUAAAGCCUUAAUGGAACAAGUAUCAAAUGAGAUGGCCAUUGCGCGUCAACAAAGACAAGAACAAAACCCUGCCACAUUAGAGAAAAGCCAGUCUCAUGGCUCUUUGGAUGGUUUACUCAAGACGUUUGAAGUUAUUUCGCCUACAGAAUCAAAGUCUACAGAAUCAAAGUCUACAGAACACAAGUCUACAGAACACAAGUCUGCAGAACCCAAGUCAUAUUAUCCAAAUGCAGUCGUGAGUGAGGAAGCAAGAGCACGCCGUCAACCUUCUGAAUACAAGCCAGAUACGGGAUCUAUUCCUAUCAGAAAGAAUAAGCAGGCUACACCCAACCAUGUACUUCAAGAGAUCUCUACGGAACGUCAAGAAUUACCUUUAACACAUCCUGUCGUUGCACCUAAAUCGCCUCGUCCUUCAGCUCAACAGAUCCAGCCUGAAGAAACACACCAUACUUCCAUGAUACAGCCCUACCAUGGCUACAAUCAACCGCCUAUGAUGACUUCUCCUAUGAUCCACCGAUCACCCAUGAUGCAGCCCUCACCUAUAAUGCAGCCCUCACCUAUAAUGCAGCCUUCACCUUUAAUGCAGCCUAUAGCUUCCCCUCUGAUACAACCCAUGGCUUCUCCUAUGAUGCAAUCGCCCAUGAUAAAUCCAGUGCAACACUUUGGCACUUCAUCUCGAGGUACAUUACCACCACCCAUCACAAUCCCUACCAAUGUUUCACCUCAAGCAUCGCCUGCUAUGUCGUAUGCUAACCUAGGCGGUGUUUCUCCAGGAGGCAUACUUCCUUCGCCUGCCAUCAGCUCACCGUAUGUUCAGCAAGCUAUUCCUCGUUCUCAUCAAUAUUCAGAUGGAAGACCUAUUCAAUUCUGGGCUCGAGCUAAAUACGAUUAUCAAGCAAAAGAGGCAGACGAAUUAUCUUUUAAAGCCCAUCAAUUCAUAGGCAUUUUAGAGGCAGACAUCACACAACAAUCAUGGUGGUUUGGUGCUGUUUGGGAUGACUAUAGACACAUAUGGUCUGCACCUGGUUCAGUUCCAAGUAACUUUAUGGAAAUACAAUAA